AUGGCUGAUGAAUUUGAUAUAUAUAAUGACGACAAUUUCGGUGCGAAUGGAGACCCACAAGAAGAUUUGUAUGGAGAGUUAUUAGAAGACGAUGAUAGUCGUCCAAUAAAGCGAACUAGAAGAGAUAACGAUCUAAGUUAUGAUCAUGCAGAUAUUAGUUCAGGUGUACAGGAAGAAAAAGACGGAGAUGAUGAUUUGUUCGCGGAUUUCGGGGAAGGUGAAAAGGGAUAUGAAGUAAAAUUGGAACCAUCCGAAGAAGAUCAAUUAGCUGCUGCGCAUAAUAGUUCCCAUGAAGGUCACAACAAUAAUGUGCAACGAGCAUCUUCAAAUAGCAGUGUUCAACAAAUGCAAGAACGCAGGACAGCUGCAAAUGCUACAAAUGCUUUAUAUAUUGGUGAAUUAAAUUGGUGGACCACUGACGAAGAUCUUCGUAAUGUUGCCCGCGAGGUUGGAGUUGGAAAUGAAGUGACUGAGGUCACUUUUUAUGAACAUAAAGUAAACGGAAAAUCUAGAGGUGUCGCUUACGUUGAAUUUACAGCGGCAGAAGCAGCAAGCAAGGUUAAAGACAGAUUAGAAGAAAUUGAAAUAACCGGUAAAAAAUGUCUUGUGAAUUUUACAAGCUCGGCUAAUGGUAAUCCGUUUAAAACAGUUCCAAAAGAACCUCCACCAAAAGCUUCACGUCAGAUGAUGCAACAACAGCAAUCUGCUUCACAACAAAGAGCAGCAUCAGGUCUUCCUAUUCGUCCGGUUAUGCGACCAGGGUCGCUAGAUUUUCAUCCCCAUCCUCGUAGUGGAUUUAGAACCGGACAAAUGGUUUCUGGACCAAGAGACUUUUUCAACCCUCCAAUCGCACCAGCAUAUUCCGGGUUUGCAGCCGGUCGCGGUUCAUAUAUGAACGGUUUCGCAGCUACUGGAGAUGCAUCUUUCGCCAUGAAUCCAAUGAUGGCACGGGGCGGAAUGAUGGGUAUGAGAAAUCAACAAGUUGGACCUGUCCGUCGUGGAAUAAUGGGCGGCCGAGGCGUGAUGCGCGGAGGAUAUGGUGACGAAUUUAUGGGUGCUAAUAUGGGCGGUUUUAAUACACCGACGGGCCCGGGAUUUCCGGCACCUCAUUUUAAUCCGGCAUUUUUUGAUCAAGGAUUUGGCGGCGAAGACGUACCUGUUGCACCGCGAGGACAAAGAGGUUACGAUGGAGUCACUCAUGGUAUGAAAAGAGCACGUGAUGAUGAAGAUCAUGGACACAUGGAUGGAAGAGAACUUAGUGACGACGACGACUUUGAAUGUCACCCAAACGUUGAUAAAGCUUCUUUUAUAAGAUGGAAACAAGCCGAUAUUCAUCAAAAACGCGAAGAAAGACGUCAAAAAAUUCAAGCUCUUAAACAAAAAAUCGAUCAACAUGACGUUUUACUUUCUCGAAUUGAUGAUAUGAUUAAACAAAUAGAAAAGAAUGGCGUAGAUGCAUUUUUAAAAUCAAUAAACGAUCUACGCGAAGCUAACAGUAAAUUAGAAGAUGUCACUAAAAAGGUUGAAAAGGAUAAUGAUGAUGAGUCAAUGGAUCAAGAGGAUAAUAAAGGACCAAAAUAUCCAACUUUUGAUCAAAUGAUGGCCAUCUUGUUCGAUAAAAUUAAGAGUGAAAUUGAUAAUGAAAGUCCUGAAGAAGUCGGUGAUGAAUUGGUAAGAAAGUUGAAAGAACAUCACGGCAUUAAUAGUAGUGUUGUUAACAAACCUAAAAAACCGGAGCCGCCGAAAAAAAAAAAGAAGGAACAAACUAUUGAAGUAUUGAAUCCUGAUGCUAAGUUAAAACCUCUAGAGGGUGAACAAAAACCGGCUGAGAAUGAUGAAGAUGGUGAAGAGGCUGAUGACGAAGAUGAAGAAUUAGUUACUUCAGAUAUAGCAAAAGAAUUCGCAGCUAUUAAAAGUUAUGAUGAUAGUUACAAAUUUAUAACUGCACAUCCUGAAGUAGUAGAUCAAGACAUAUCUGAUCAAAUUUUGGGGGAGGCUUUCCGUGCUCAAUUAAAAGGAAAGGAAAAAUAUGCUAAACAAUGUGUGCAUCAGGGAUGGUUGUUACAAUAUUGCCAAAAAUUAGGAAAAGAUGGUGUUACACUCUUUUUCAGAAGAAUAACGUCACCAGACCCACAAGCACGUGAAGUUUUUCUAAAGGAUGUUAAUGAGACUUAUGAACGUAUUCGUGAUCGUUGCAAAGUAAUGAAUGCUGAGAAAACACAGAGGCCUCAAAAAGCUCAGGUGGAACAAAUUCAAAUAGAGGUCACCGAUCCAAAUACUUCCCUCAAUGUCCGUGUUCCCGAUGCAAAUUCGGAGGAUGAGCAAGAAAAAGCCAAAUAUCAGACUUUCUUGAAACUGCCUGAAACUUUCCAGGAAGCUUUAAAAACCGGUGAAUUAACAAAGAUUAAUAAGGUCCUGGGUGAAAUGACAGUAGAAGAGGCAGAACGUGUUUUAGAAAUAUGUGGAGAAGCAGAUGUCUUGUCACUUGAAGGUGGUAUUAUUGAUGCAACUCAAGGACAGACAAUUCCUGGACAACGUAUCGAUAAAGAUGAAUAA